GACUCACAGCGGCGGCUCACCACUGGCGCACGGACCGUGGAGGAGGAGACGGGCAGAAGAUGGCUGACUUAGCCGGGCACCGAGAGCCCUCGGCGGCAUCACCAACGUCACAUGGGCCGCUAAAACGCUGCGAGACCCCCGCCGUCUGGCCACUGUAAACAGCUGCUGCCUCCGUAACCCUCCUCCUCCUGUCCCUCCUCACCGCAAAUAUUGACAGAAGAAGUAUCAGAGAGAAAACAUGGCAGAGAUGGAAAAAGAGGGCAGACCUCCGGAAAAUAAGCGCAGCAGAAAACCAGCUCACCCGGUGAAGAGGGAAAUAAACGAGGAGAUGAAGAGUUUUGCGGAGAACACCAUGAAUGAGCUGCUUGGCUGGUACGGCUAUGACAAGGUGGAACUGAGAGAUUCAGACCAGCUGGACAUCGAGACGCCACAGCACAUCUCUGUACUCAAAGAAAACUCAUUGCCAAAACUCAGCUCUUCUUCGGAAGGGGGUGGUGAAUGCUCUCCGGAUGGGGCCAACAGUUCACACUCUCAGCCCGCCAACAGGAAUGGAGUCACUGAAGGCUCCAGUGCAGCGCUCUCUUCAGGCCCAAAGGAGCACAGCGGCCUGCCCAUCAUUGUGCCCAUGGUCCCUCCCCCACUCAUCAAGCCCCCCACAGACGAAGAUGCCUCUAAUGUCCAAAUCAUGUGCGCCUGGUGCCAGAAGGUCGGAGUCAAGCGCUACUCCCUCAGCAUGGGCAGCGAAUUGAAGAACUUCUGUAGCGAGAAGUGCUUUGCUGCCUGUCGCCGCGCCUAUUUCAAAAGGAACAAGCUGGGAUAUAUAAGGAAUUACAUUGCCUCGCGAGAGGAGGACGGCCUCGGUGGGAAAGUCCCCCAGCAUCACAGCUUUGCUCAGGACACGCCCAGGCUAGUCUUCAAGACAAACAGCGAUGUGCUUGUGUGUGACUGGUGCAAACACAUUCGACACACAAAGGAGUAUUUGGACUUUGGAGCCGGGGAGCGGAGGCUGCAAUUUUGCAGUGCCAAAUGUCUCAACCAAUACAAGAUGGACAUUUUCUACAAGGAGACCCAGGCAGCACUGCCCGCGGGACUGUGUAACCCGGGCCACCCUUCAGCAGGGGACAGUAAGGCCGACUGUGGAGGAGGGAUGCAGCUCCUCACCCCAGAAUCCUGGGGCUCACCUCUGGCUGACCUGAGGAGGAAGGCCCCAUCACCCGGGGGUCCAUCCAGCUCCUCUGUCCUGGGCACUACCACCUCCUCUGUCACCUCUCCUUCAGACAACAGUGCAGUCUGUUCUCCAUCCUCCUCUUCUGCAAAGAUCCCCACACCCAGACCACACGAGAGCCCCACCCUUGCACCACCACCUGUCCCUGCUUUACACCCACCUGUGGGGAUGCCGUCUGGCAGCCCCCCUAUGGUCAUGACCCCCCGGGGCCCCAUGCCAUUGCCUCUUUUUAUGGAGCAUCAGAUGAUGCAGCAGAUGCGACCACCAUUCCUGCGCCCCUCUCAUCCUGGUGGACCCAACAGUCCUCUGUCUAUCCCCGGUAUUGGACCCCCCCCUCCCCCCAGAACCCUGGGUCCACCGUCCAGCCCCAUGCACCGACCACUACUGUCACCACAUGUCCACCCUGGUUCAAACCCUAAUCCUGGUAUGAUGCCCCCUCAUCCGGGAAUUCCUAUGACUGGCCUCCCCCCAUUUCCCCCAGUCAACAUGAUGCACAAUGGUCCAAUCCACCUGCCUCCUAUGAUGAACUUUGGUAUGCCAUCUUUGGCUCCUCUGGUGCCCCCACCCACCCUUCUAGUUCCAUAUCCAGUCAUAGUUCCUCUUCCUGUUCCCAUUCCUAUUCCCAUCCCCAUCCCCAUGAACCCUAAAAGCCCAAGGGACCAACCCGAAAGCAGUGGACAUGUCCACCCCAGCCCACGGUCCUCUGAGACAUCCUCUUCAGGAGGCCCUACUGUGGGGGCCACUGGAGGGGACAGAGAUGACCCGUCUGGGGUGGAGCACUUGUCUCCUGGAUGCGUCUCUUCAGAGAGGACCAGGACGUCUAAAGGUGACUUAUUUGUGAAGACUGAGGACAAUUCAGGGACCUCUUGUAUGACUGGCAGCUCCAAAUCCAUGGAUGGAGUCAUUGAUCUAACUGUGGGCCAGAAGCAGCAUAUUGCUAACAGUGGUGCAGUGGGAGAGGUUCAGGUCAAAAUGGAGGUGGAGUCCACGUCUCCACAUACAGACGGACAGUGUAAAGAGGUAAAAGACUGGGCACAAGGGGGUGCUUCAGAGCGGGAACAUAAAGCUAAAAGAAAUGAGGGGGGCUCAGAAACGCACACAUUGGGAUCCUCCACUCCUUCCUCCACAAACAACAGUCCCCACCACAACUCUAAUCCACCAGUGAGCCAGCAGAACUCUUAUAUUUCUAACCCUAGUCCACAACCGACCCGGAGUCAGCUCCACACCCCAGUGCAGGAUCAAAGUGGUCCUGCUGCACUCUGUAAUGUGAUAGUCAAUGGGACAGGGUGGCAUCCCGUUCUGCCACCUGCCACCUCAGAGGGUCAUUCAGCACCAGCCAAUGGAGAGCUGGAACGGGAUGCACUAAAGGAGAACAACUGCUCGGUGGCUGGGUGGGACCCGGGCAAGAGGUCAGGGCCAGCUGAGGACUCGAAUCUAAAAGAGAGUAAAGUGGACCCAGACUCUAAUUUGGAGGAGGGGGAGCAUGCAUACGCAUUGCCUCUGCUGUCCACUGGGGGCUGUGUGGUCAUCCAGCCUGUGCCAAAGAGCGGCACAGACAAAACGGCUUUCCUCUCCUGCUCCAUCAGUGCUCCUCUGUCUGGCUCCUGCAGCCCGGAGCUCGAGCCCCCACUCAAGAGAAGGUGCCUGCGAAUCCGCAAUCAAAACAAAUAAGAUGGUUGCUCUGACGACUGCAGUGCCAUCAGUGACAAUUGAUCAUUCUCUGAUCUUCAGCUUUGACCCUUCGGCUGUUCACCAACACAAAUACACUCUUCAUUUCACCCUACCCAUCACUCUAUGGUACCAGCACUUCAAAUCAGCUUUCUACACACCAACCAAGUAUGGAUAUAAAAGUAAUCGGCCUCCUAUAAUGAUUAUCUUCAACUGGACUCUGCUCACUCACUUCUUUUUACAUUUACUCUCUCAGCCCACACUGCCGCUUGCAGCAAUUUUAAAUUAUAUUUCAUGUCAGUGUUAGAAUUGCUUCCCUUUUAGAUUAUCCCUCAUUCAUUACCAGCAAACAUGAUGUCAAAUUGCCAGAUCCAUAAAAAUAACUGAAUGUGCAAUAUAUUUUAUUAGUUACUAGAGUAUGGCAAGUAUGAUAAAAUGUUCACCAGCAAAAUGGUUGAUAACAAUUCCCAUAUUUUUUAUUUCUAUGGCACUUACCAGUUGUGAACGUAAGUAACAGACAUAAGUGACUAGAGUGGAGCUGUCGUCAUAAUCAUUCCUGUGACAUCCACACAAAAUGCUCUCUGCAGUGUGUGCUUAAGCAGUAAGCUUCACACUGGCUAUAAUAAGGGGCCCUGCUGCUUAAGAACAUUUCAAGGCUGAGUGCGUCUGAAAGAAGUCCGUGGCACUGUAAAACUCUGCCAACCUGCGACGGGCACUUACAACUGCAGGGCCAGACUUCAUCUUCUCUAUAAUGCAUUUGCACUGAUGUUCCUGUAAUGUUGGACUUUUGGGUCUGAAUGCUCGCAAUUUAAAGGUACGCUUUCACUAAAUUCCUCUCCCAAACCACAACUCAGCAAAAAGCACAAUGAAAUGCAAAGUCGAUUUGAUGUUUUUCUCUGCCAAGAUAAUUUGCCAAUAUGAUUUAAGCCAAUGGUGUUUUUGCUGUAAUGCACUACAUAGGUGCACUGUCACCUAUCUCAUUUCAAAGCCUCUGAGAUUAGAUGCCAGGUAAAACAGUCAGAGCAUUUGCAUUAUUAGACUUAAGCUCCACUGUACCAAUCCAAGGCAAGAAGCAUUUUUUAUUUGCCAAAAGUGACUAAGGUGUUGAAACAAAACCUGUUUUCUGUUUAGAUCUCAUAAUUUUGAGUUGCCAAAAUAAUUUGAUGAAGAAAAUACAUUGUUUAUCAAGCGCAUAUAAACAUGCAAAAAUAAAGCACUUACAAAUAGCUAUUGAAUUUAUACUGAAACUAAAAUGCACUGUUCUGUCAAUAGUGAAAAAUGUUGUUAUACUCUUUUGUCCAAUGUGUAAUUUUAGUGUAAAACAACUGCUUUGAAGAAUCAGAUUUACAACAAGAAAUUAAAGUCACCUUGUCUCUCACUAUGAAAUGACUUGUACUCUGCAGUGAUGUGCAGGUCCAAGUAGAAUGGCUCCAUUUAGGUGUAUCCAAAUUGUCAUCCAAGUAUAAUCUAAAGCAAAGCAUUUAUUUAUUGUUCCUUUCCUAGUUUGCCUGUGCCAUGCUUGACACUACCAUGCCCAUCACAUCCUCCCUCACAGACUAAACACUGAGACAAGUCUAAUCAUACUUUCAUACUGUACCAAUUAGUGUUGCAGGGUGGCAAACGAAGGGUUAAUUCUCAUGCAAUCUUGGACUACUGACAAGUUUUGUGGUGAUAAACAGACUUAUAAAUCUUGAGCAUUCCUUUUAGAGAUGGACUACAGGCCUGGUCAUCAGCCUGAAAUAUGCAACGUCAACUAACUCUAACCCCAAUCGGGACAAGACGUCCACAAACAAGACUUUGUGUUAAUCAAAACAACUGAGAAGUUGCCUUAACUCUUGCUUGUAUAAUCUUUACAGUUAAGACAAUGAGAAGAAAAUCUCCCUUCUUUGUACAACAUGAAAUAAAGCAGAAACAAUUUUGUUAUCUUGCUAGUGUCAAUGUAUAGAUGAUCAGCUUUUCUGUAACUUGUAUGGGCUGUCACGUUUUGCUAAGAAUCUCUCCCUUAUUCCCUGUUCCUAAACAUUUGUUCAACAUUUUAAAUUGUGGUGGUCUGUCAAUUUUUUUGUGUACAUUUUAUAGUAUUAUUUAUUGUUGACAGGUUUUUCAAGGUUUGACCUGACCAUUCAAUUUCAAUGUAAAUGCCCAGUGAACAGUGAAUCACUUUUUUAACUGGAGAAAAUAAUGUUUUAUUUUUUUUUUUUUUUUCUUAUGAAGUAACAUGUACAUAACGUGGCCAAAUUGCUUUGGAAAAGACUCAUUUUUGUGUUGUAACCAUAAUUGUUUAAUUCAGUAAAUUGCUCAUGAUGACAAAUAAAUAAGAGACACAAACUGGC